ACCCAAUCCAUUGUUGUCUUAUGGAUGAAGAAAGCAAGACUGAGAAGUUCUGUUACUUGCCCAAGAUGCCAGAAUUAUUUCUUUUAGGUAAAACUGCUUUGUACUUAUCUAUUUUUAAGUUGAACAUGAUUUUUCAGCACCUCAUCUUUAAGUCAAGGUAUGCCAAUGAAAGACCAUUUAUAUAAUCUCAGAAAGUAAAAUUUCCCUACUUUGACUGGGCUGGAGCCCAAGAUUCAUUACUAACUCCCCUCUUUCUUACCACCAGUCUUACCAACCUCCAGACUCAAGAAACUCUAGAUAAAUUUGGAAUUCAACCAGCUGAAAGUCUGCCUAUAGUUGAACAAAGUGUUUCUCCAUCCAAAUGAGUAGACCAGACCAGUCUACCAAAGGAGAUGGUAAUCUGAAUGAAUAAAAAACAUAUCUUAGAGAUAUUAGAUAGAUUAUCUCAACUUUUUGUGACUUUUUAAAGAAUUGUCUUAUCACACAUUCCCAAUUUCUUUUAAUUAACAUACAGUUUGCAUAGAGUGCACAAAUCAUAAACAGAGAGCGUAAUGAAUGGUUAUAUAUAACCACCACAAAGAUCAAGAUAUAGAACGUUUCUGGCAUCUGAGAAGGCUCCCAGUCUAUAGUAAUCACCAUUUUGCUGUCUUCUACCAUCAUCUGUUUGUAGAUAAGCUUUCCAUGGUUUAAGAAUGGAAUCUUACAGUCUGUACUCUUUUGUGCAUAACUCUUUAAAGUCUAUAUUAUAUUUCUGAGAUCCAUCUAUGUUGUUGUAAUCUAUUAGUAGUUCAGUUCAAGUUUUUUAUUGCUAUAUGUAGUAUUCAGUUUCAUGAAUUUAUCAUGUUCUUUUUACCCACUGUAUUGUUGAGGGAACUUUGAAAUGUUUCUAAAGCUUUAGGAUAUUUUUAAUUUAAAGCAGUUAUAAACAGAAAUGGCCCUCAUUUCUGUUGAGUAUAUACCUAGGAGUGAAAUUCCUAGGCCUUUUUGUUUUUUUGUUUUUCUUACAUUAUCAGUUUUGUUUAUUUUUGUUUGGGUUUUUGUUUUUGUUUUGUUUUGUUUUAGCCCUGGACUGUAAUCAUACUUUUCUAAGUUGGCCAAUGAACCAUAAACAAUGUACCUCUCUUUAGGCCUGACAUGAGUUUCAGGGGGCAGAUUUCACAGUUUAGAAUGGAACACCAGUAAGGUACUAUCUUUCAUAAUUCAUUCCCAACAGCCCUUCAUAACCUCCUUCCCUCAGGGGUUUUUGCCUGGAACCCUUCUAUUCUGCCUUGAUUAACUCCCUUUUAUUUUAUUAGCCUUAGCUCAGGUCGUGCCUUCCCUGACCAUUCUGAAAUGGAUGUCUCUUUUCCUUACUCCCCAUUUAUAAUAUUGCCCAUUUAUAAGCAGAGAGGACUCUCUGCUUAAGUGUGUCCUUCCUAGCCCUUAUCACCUUGAUCUGAAAUGACCUGUGGAUACAGCAGCCUCUUCCAGGAGGUUUCAUUGCUACAAGGCAGUUCGUUCAUUAUGGCAUCCCCACUGCUUAGCACAGGCACGAUGCCUGGCACAAUGUCAGUCCCCAAUCUGUGUUGACAGUAUUGCUCUUCUGAUGUCUGGUUGGUGUUUCAGCAAUGAAGUCUUCUUCUUUUAAAUCCCCUGAUACAAGGGAAAUCCUCUGGAGUUGAGAAACUUCCAAUGCAAUUUAAAAGGCAAAAUUUCCAUUGCUUUAUGAUCUCGUCUUUUUAAUUCAGCAUUUUCCAUUUUUAUACUCUGUGGAGUUGUUCUCUGAGAAAUGCUGCUAAAUAAGAGAUCUAUGUGGGAAACCUGUUACUCAUCCAAGCAAGCCAGCAAGUGUAGUGGUUUAGUACACAGGUGCCGGAGGCAGCCUGCCAGGCCACACUGGGUGGGUGAUGAUGUUACCACCCUGCUUCCAUUUCCUCCUCUGUACCAUAGGGUGAAGAGCAGCCCUAUUCUCUGGAGUUGUUGUGAGAAUUCACUGAGGAGUACACCAAACGUUGAGGAGACUUACUGAGUGUCCAGAAUGUGCCGGUUACUAUUAUUAAACAGUUUUUCUUUCUACCUACUAAAAAAUCACAGAAACAGCACAACUCAGAAUAUACUUACUUGGGGAAAUUCCUGUGUCAUCAACUUAAAGAAUAUGAACACUUUCUGAUCCAAAAUUGGGACACUGGCUUGACAAGUGUAAAUGUAACUUGCGGCACUGGGGCAUAAUAUUUCAAAGGAGGACUCUUUUAGCAAUCCCGCGAGCAAACAAAUCAACAAGACCUCUAUGUAACUACAUUUUAAAAUCUCUGUUUUUAAAAAAAUUUUAAGUGCAAGUGCAAAAAUGACUCUUAUUGACUCUGAAGGGAGGACUGCACCUUUUAUUUAUAUUGCACAAACAAAAAAAGCAUCUGGGCUUCAUGCAUCAUUUUCUGAUCAUUUUCUGAUUUAGUUGGAGAAUUAUUACUUGAUAACAAGAAGGGCUGAGCUUCCUUUUUCAAAAUCUCAUGCCAUUUAUCUUAAUUCUGGUGCAUCUGAUAAGAACUUCCUCUAGAGCCAGGAAACUUUGCAAGUAUGAAAUAAUCUGAAAGGAGGACGUAAAGAAGGAAGUAACUGACCAAAGCAAAAAAGGGGAACAUCAAAGCAGGUUUAACCAAAAGAACAGAAGGGAGCUUGGCACAGCAGUCUCAAGGUGUCUGGAUGGCAGAUCAUUCAACCUUCUCUUUCUUGAGUUGUCUACUCUGCCAUUAUCUUCCACUCAUUUCUGCUUCAUUUUGUGAUUCAUUUAUAGAAAGGGAAGUGGAGUCGAGUAAAAUCCCCCCCGACAUCGUGCAAGUAUACAUUAAUGAUUGUACUGUAAAAAACAUCACAUACAACAAGAGCGAUCUUCAAAGACUCCAUUUACUCAACCUCUCCUCUAAUUGUAUCAGGACUUUGCCAAAUGAUGUUCUUUCACAUCUGAAAAAGAAAUGCCUGAAAGAGCUUCCAAGAUUGCUUCUUAACUCUACCCUACAAGGAAUUACGCUGGUCUGCACCUGUGAAUUCAUUAAGGGCCACACCACACUACUAAACACUGCUUGUGCAGAAAUGUUGAAAAGCUGUGGAAAUACUUCAGUGGCCGUUUCUAUAGGACUUUCCCUUCUUUUACUGUUGUUGAUCUGUGGAAUUGGGUGUGUUUGGCACUGGAAACACCAUAACCCAGUGCAAUUUACCUUACCAAGGUUUUUGCAGAGGAGAAGCAGCAGGAGAAAAGACUAUGCUAAAACGCUCUCAGAUCCCCUCACUGUCAACUCAAGGCAUAAAAUCUCAGUUCAGACACAAGACUAUACAUCUUCUGGAAGAGGGGUUAACAUGUAUGACAACUAUGAAAAUGUGCAAGUCGGUCCUCCCAGAGCUAAAGAAGAAACUGAUAAGGAACUAUAUGAGAACACUCGGCCCACCAAUUUCGAGGAGCAUAUCUAUGGAAAUGAGACAUCAUCUCAAUAUUACAACUUCCAGAAGCCUAGCACUUCUGAAGUCUCUCAAGAUGAAGACAUAUAUAUUCUUCCAGAUUCAUAACUUUUCAAAACACUGGGUUCAGUUAUUAGAGGAUAAAUAUUCACUGGGACUUUUCUUGUACUUAUGCCAUUGUUAAUCCUGUUCUUCGAGUGAAACUCAAUGAUCUUUUAUCUGUCUCCACCCUUCUGAACCUUCUGUCUGUGUAUCACUGUGGGUUAAUUCCAGGGAUCCCCUUUACCCUCAUUUUGCUAGGUUAAUUCUGCAUUGUGUUAUAUUGAUUCUUCCUUCUGUUACCUGUUAUCUUUUUCUUUUAUUUCUCUCUCUACCAUCUUUUCUGGCUCAAGAUUGCUGUCAGUCUCCUAACAAGUCUUUCUGGCUCUAGUGUCUACACAUUCACCCAUGAUGUUGCCAGAUUUAUCUUCAGAAAAUAUUUCCAAUGCUGCAUCACUCCUUUGCUGAAACCUCUUAGUGUCUCCUCUUUGCAAAUGACAUGCUAUUUAUAAUUUUUUUUAAUUUUUAAAAUGUUUUUAAUUUAUUUUUGAGAGAGAGAAAGAGAGAGACAGAGUACGAGUGGGAGAGGGGCAGAGGGAGAGGGAGACA